AUGAGCAGGAAUGUAGGCUGGACGGCUGGCGCUUUUCUGCGGCGCUCCGUCGUCGACCAGCCGCUGACCCAGACUGGAGUGCUGCCGCGCUUCAGCGUUGGGAGCCAUUUGCGGACACCCUGGAGCGACUUCGCUCAGAGACGACGCAUCACAUUGAGUACCCAAGUGCUGGGCCUCUCCUCCACACAUUCGCCCUUGACGCGCUCGUCACAUGUCACAUCGGGUACCGCACCACUGCUACAAGGACCGCUGUUCCGACACAGCCAUGGCCAGCAAAGCGUGACAGUCACUGUGCUGUCCGCCUUCUGCAGACAUGCAUCUUCGAGAUCGAAGAAAGCAGCCAGAAAGAGUGCUGCCAGCGACCGACGCAACAAGAGCUCAGUGACGGAUGGCUCCUCCAAGAACAAGCGGACCCCACCACAGGCUCCGCAAGCAACCCUCUCUCCACAGCCCCAACCCCCUCCCAAAGGCUCGAAACAGCCAUCGGCCCCCAAGUCCGACGCCCAGGACGCUUCCAGCAAGCACCUCCUCGACCGUCUACCCCACACCCUACCACAUCUCAAACGUCCGACAAAAGCAGAACUGCUCGAGGCAGCCUCGGGGUUCUGGUCGCGGAUAAAGAUCCACUUCAAAUGGCUCACUAUUCGAAGUGCGCGUCCCUUCAACGCCGACGAGAUCUAUGCACUCUUCUCGUGGAUCCUGGCUGCGCACGUGCUGUGGAUUGUGCUGGGAACAACGACCUUCUUCAUGUUGACCGUCUUCCUCAUCAACACUGCCUUUUCUUGGAUUGGAAACUACCUGACAAAGUCGUCGGGCAUCAAGGUUGUUUUCGAGACGGCUGUAGUACCCAAGUGGAAGGACGGUGUCAUCUCGUUCAGGAAGGUCUACGUCUCGAGGAGACCGGGCCAAAAAGGUGGCAAGGUCAGCAAGGGCUCGCAGACUGAGAUGGCUGCGGCCGCGGCCGCUGUUGCGCAGCAAGAGAAGGACGAGAAGGAGCACCAGGAGGGUGUCGAGCAGGGAGCAGAGCCCGAAGAAGACACAAACUACACCCAGUUCGACAUCUCCAUUGACACGGUGAAUGUUACGCUAUCCUUCUCGAAAUGGUUCAACGGAAAGGGGAUGCUGGAGGACGUGGAGAUCAAGGGCAUUCGCGGUGUCAUCGAUCGAACGCACGUUCGCACAAUCGAGGGCGUAGAUCCCCGGUCAUACAAGCACGAGCACAACCCAGGUGACUUCGAGCUCAACUCGUUCAAGAUGGAGGAUUUACUAGUGACCAUCUACCAACCAGGUGGUUUCCGCCCCUUCGCCGCAAGCGUCUAUUCGUGCGACUUGCCACAGCUGCGAAAGCAAUGGCUGUUCUACGAUUUUCUCUCAGCGAACAUGAUGUCCGGCUCAUUCGAUAACUCCCUGUUCACCAUUCACCCCAGACAAACUCACAACUACACUGGUACACAACUUAACAGCGCGUCUGAAGACGGCAGCACAUGGAAGAAGCACAGCAGGAUACGCAUCGAUGGUCUUAACAUCGACCAUCUCAACCGAGGCUACGAUGGCCCCUUCUCAUGGAUUCACGAAGGCAACGUCGACAUCAUAGCAGACAUCAUGCUUCCCAACGACGACGAUGAGUCUCUCGCAAAGGUCAUGUCUGACAUGUACGACCGUGUCGAAGCCACUGUCACACAAAACGGCCGCAAACACCACUUCUCAGACCACGCUACGCCUGGCUUUGAUGACCACCACCACGAUGAAACCGCCGAGCACAAGGAAAGUGAAGGAGAGGAUAAGCGCUUCAUCAUCAUGGAUAUGCGCGUCCAUCUCAAUGACGUCCGCGCCGCCGUACCCAUCUUCACACGAGACAUAUCUUACGUCAACAACGCGCUCGUCCGACCCAUUGUCGCCUACAUUAAUUCGAAGCGCACUUUCAUUCCCGUAAAUUGCCGUGUCGUCAAAAAAGUCAGCGAGUUCGACGGAAGCUGGACACUCUACGACAGCGGCUUGAUGGAGGAAGUAUCUCGAGAGAUGUACGAUGCUUUCGCCCGCGACGUCCUCGACGACCGUACAGUGCGCAAACGCCGGAUAAAAAAAGUCGGCAUCUGGACGCUGCAACUCGCCGCCCAGGCGCUCUUCUUGGGGCUGGCGGGUAAUAUUGCUUGA